AUGAGCUUGAUUUCUCAAAACGCCGUGUCUAAGGAGCCUUUCAAGAAGAAGAAGAAGGUUGCAAAGAAAAACGAGCUCGCACUAAUCGGGGAAGACCAGGAGGAGGUCGAAGCUGAAGCUGAAAAUGAAAAUGAGUUAGAUGCAAAAACAACACGAAAUAGGAAACGAGGGCGGACAGAAGAAGACAAGCAAAUCGAAAUUGAGCAGGAAGAGGAAGUAAAAAGGCUGGAGAACAUUUUAUUUGGCUCCUUAUACAAUAAGGUUGAAUUUGGAAAGGAUGCUGAAGAAGACGAAGAAGAAGAAGAAGAAAGAGGAGGUGAAGCUGAAGGGGAGUUGGAAGACACUGCAUUGUUUUUCACUGACAAGUCAGCGAAUAGUAUGCUGUCCGUGUACGAGGAAGACAUGGUGGCACGGAAAGCAAGUGACGAGGGUCACAGAAAGGAUAAACGAAAACCCGCGUGGAUAGAUGAUGAGGAGGAGAAAGCUAGCAUUAACAUAGCAAAAGUCAACAGAUUGCGCAAGCUCAGGAAAGAAGAGGGCGAAAGUGCGAUUUCUGGUUCAGCAUAUGUUUCAAGGCUAAGGGCUCUUCAUAUGAAGAUGAACCCAGGGACCGAUUGGGCCCGGCCCAAAUCCCAGAAGAAGGAUUAUGGUUCGGAAGAUGAAGAUUCAGAGAAAGAAAGCGGGGGAGUAGUGUUGGCCAGUGGUUAUGGGGAUCUUGAAGAAGACACUGAUAAUAUCCUCAGAACAAACGAGCAACUUGUCGUGAAGAGGGGCACAAAAUUGCUACCCGGACAUCUCGAGUAUUCAAGGCUGGUCGAUGCAAACGUGAAGAACCGUUCAAAAGGGCCCAUCAAUUCUGUUCAAUUUCACAAGAAUGCACAGCUUCUCCUUGUGGGUGGAUUGGACAGAACAUUGAGAUUCUUCCAAGUUGAUGGAAAGAAAAACGAAGUGGUACAGAGCAUUUUUCUCGAGGAUUGUCCGAUUAGAAAGGCGGCUUUUUUGCCUGAUGGGUCGCAAGCGAUUGUUUCGGGAAGGAGGAAUUUUGCUUACUGCUUCGAUUUAGUCAAUGCCCGUGUGGAUAAAUUUGGGCCUCUUGCAGGUAGGGAAGAGAAGAGCCUCGAAACAUUCGAGGUUAGCCCUGAUUCUAGCACUAUUGCUUUUCUUGGCAAUGAAGGGUACAUUCUGUUAGUUUCAUCGAAAACAAAGGAAUUAAUCGGAACUUUGAAAAUGAACGGUUCGGUUAGGUCUGUGGCAUUCUCAAACGAUGGACAAAAAUUGCUUAGUUCAGGUGGGGAUGGGAAGAUUUACCAUUGGGACAUGAGGACAAGGACUUGUUUCCACAUAGGUGUCGAUGAAGGUUGUCUUACUGGCACAUCUCUUUGUACUUCUCCUGUUGGGAAUUUGUUUGCAGCUGGUUCGGAUAGUGGGAUUGUGAAUAUUUACAAUGAGGAUGAGUUUUUGGGCGGGAAGAGAAAACCACUGAAGGCGAUUGAAAAUCUUACGACAAGAGUCGAUUUUACUAAAUUUAACUGUGAUGCCCAGAUUUUGGCAAUCGGUUCGCGAAUGAAGAAGAAUAGCAUGAAGAUGAUCCAUGUCCCAUCAUACACUGUAUUUUCAAACUGGCCUAGGGGGAAUCAGUAUUUGGGCUACCCGAGAUGUGUGGAUUUUAGCCCGCGUGGAGGAUUUAUGGCCAUGGGAAAUGCGGCUGGGAAAGUGUUGCUGUUCAAGCUCCAUCACUAUCAUCAGGCCUAG